AUCAGAGAAGAUAGAGAAGAUAGACAAUACCUAUUGGCGAUCCCAGACGUGGGAACUACGUGGCCGAUCAUGCAGCCUGGCUUAGAUGGCCCCGCUAACAGCUUUAUGUUUUCCCUGAUACUGAUGCGACCUAUGCAGGAACUGUAAAUCGCCCAUGGUAUUCUAUCUUUAUUAGGGGUCUUCCGCCCAAUCUUGGGAUAGUGAACAUACUCCCAUCUAAUCCUGGCGAGCAAUCUGAUUCGAGGGUCGUCUUCAAAAGAACCAUGAGAGAUUUUAACUUCGACACCGAAGACGUUUUUGUUUGGCUUCAGGACAUGGAUGACAACCGUCACUCAUUCAUAUUGGAUGUUAGAAUAGAAAAGCCCAGCUGGAGCUACGACUCCAAUUGGACUAUCCUCACACCUUAUUUGUUCCUUCCUCCUCUAAGUAAUGACACGCCAACGUUCGAAGACUUGAAGAACUCAGUGCGAGAGCAGCACUCGGCAACUAAGCCCUCGAUCCCAUAUUACGUUGAAAUAACGACACAGAUGUUGUCUCAAAGUGCCAUUUACGUCAUUGAUAUUGUACCCAAGCUCCUGGACAGGGAACAAACUAGUCUAGAAAUACAUGAUUCAAGAUACUGGAUAGGUCUUCUGCACGAGGGUCUCAACCGUGACUUACUCGUGGAGAGCGUUUAUCGAAGUUGGCUCGAUUACUUGUGUGACAGAGGCAUUCACGUUCUUCGACUGCUUGCGCUUUCACCUUGGUUCUUCACUAUUCCCAUUGACCACUUAGCUAAAUUGUGUGUUUCAUUGACCAUGCCAGUAGUCUCACACAUCAUUUCCUGAAAAGAAUGUUUGACGGCUACCAGCUAUCAAGAUCAUCUAGCAGCUGUCUUUUGAAAGAUGCGUCAAACAGUCAUGGCUGAUAAAUUCAGUCUCGCAGCUGUUAGCUCGGCAAGCUAUUUACUAUUUAGCAAUCCUUCUGCUGUACGCAGGAUUUGCAUCUGGGUUCUGAAGUAUUCACGUUCGCGGAGUGUCAUGAAGAUGUUUUUGUUGUACAUCAUCUGCAAAUGUAUUCCACCAAAGACGC